GUUUCUGUCAUUUUGACACACCGGCUACAACUAGAAGACAUUGAUGAUGAAACAUUUAUUGUGCCUAGGGCUUGCCCUAGUGCUCGCACAGGGUGCGCCAACCAACCCAGAAGAGGGUGACAUGUUUGAGGGUGAUAUCCUUCUAGAGGAUGAUCAAGACAUCUACAAUGCUAUUAGGAACUCUGCACAGAUGUGGCCUAAUGGUGUUGUUCCUUACACAGUGUCAGUAUCAAUGACUUCUACUGAGCAGGCCAAUCUAAAUGCGGCCAUUGCCGACUACAGCAGACACACAUGCAUCAAAUGGGUGCCAAGGACAAACCAGCAGGCCUACGUGAACAUUAUCAAGGGAGGAGGGUGCUACUCUAACGUUGGCACACUGAGACGUGUACAGACAUUGAGUUUGGGACGUGGCUGUUGGUCAAAGGGUAUCAUUAUCCACGAGAUGAUGCACGCUGUUGGAUUCUUCCACGAACAAAGCAGAAGCGACAGAGAUAACUAUGUGACAAUCAUGCUGCAGAACGUCCGACCAGGAAUGGAACACAACUUUAACAAGUACCCCUCCAGCCAAGUGAAUGAUCUCCUUACCUACGACUACGGAUCCGUGAUGCACUACCAAGCUGGGGCGUUUUCCAAAAAUGGACAACCAACAAUCGUCGCCAAAACCCCUGGGACCAGACUUGGUCAGAGGGCUGGAUUCUCACAGUUGGACAUUCGUAAAAUAAAUAUGCUUUACAAGUGCAGCGGCGGCGGUGGUGGAGGCGGUGUAACCCCAAGACCAACCCCUAGGCCAACCAUCAGGCCAACAACCCGCAGAUUCACUACGCCAAGAGUCACCCCUGGUGGAAGUUGCACUGACAGAUCCGUGAACUGCAAUUACUACAGAAGUAUAGGACGCUGUAAUAUUGCUUAUUACAAAAGCCUUUGCCCGCGAUCUUGCUCCAACUGUGGUGGUGUCGUUACACAACGCCCCACUCCAAGACCAACUACUCCCCGACCAACAGGCUGCCAAGAUAAAUAUACCAACUGUGGGUGGUUCAAAAGUAACGGAUACUGUGACCGUCCAAACAACCGAGACUACUACCGAGGUAUCUGCCCUAAAUCAUGCGGCGUAUGCGGUGUUACGACGCCCCGUCCUACCCCACCUCCCGUCAACUGCAAAGACAAGUUCUCCAACUGCCCAUCCUUCAAAUCAAUGGGAUAUUGCGACCGAGUUCAAAAUAAAGAUUAUUUUAGAAGCAUCUGCCCCUUGUCCUGUGGAGUGUGUGGAGGAGUCACCCCUCGCCCAACAGUACGACCAACUACUGGCCCCAGGAAUAGCCAGUGUGGAGUAUCCAAGCUAGGCCAUGAUAGCUUCAUUGUCGGAGGACAGGAGGCCCGCGUUGGAAGAUGGCCCUGGAUGGCUGAUCUACUCUCGAAUGGAAGACACAUUUGUGGAGGUUCCAUCCUGAACGCUAACUGGAUCCUGACUGCAGCUCAUUGUGUCAGAGGGAAGACUGCUAGCAGUCUACAGAUCAGAGUAGGAGAACACGACCAGAGGAAGAAGACUGUUAACGGUGUCACUCACUCUGUUUUAAGAGUAAUUGGUCAUACAGGUUACAACCCUUCAAGCAGGAUCUCUCACGACAAUGACAUAGCUCUCCUUAAACUCAGCAAACCAAUUGACAUGACAAACACACAUGUGAACACAAUCUGUCUCCCACAGAAAGGGGAACAGUUCUCCGGACAGUGUGUUGCAACCGGCUGGGGAAUGACACAAGGAACUGGUGACAUGACUAAACUAAGAGAGGUGACAGUUCCAGUGUACACGACCUCAGACUGUAAUAGACAUUGGGGAGGAAGGGUAUCUGAUAGACAGAUCUGUAUGGGAACCGUGCCACCAGCACCAACUAAGACUGCAUGCAGGGGUGACUCUGGAGGUCCAUUGGUCUGCAAGAAAAAUGGUCGAUGGGUCCAGUCGGGUGUGACGUCAUGGGGAACAUUCCAGUGCACUGGCAAGCCAGCAGUUUAUACAAGAACUUCCGAGUAUUUAGACUGGAUUAAUGCCAACAUGAGAUAAGAUGUAAUUUUGGAAAUAUUUAUUAUAAAUAUUUAUAAAAAUGUCGCUAUACAAGGCAAUGUAUUUGAUUUCGUAGUAUAACAUUUGAGGAGUCUUACUGUAGGAAAUGAGGUCAAAACAAAUACUCCCUCCCUCCUUCCCUUAAUCUAGAAUAGUUCUAUUGCAAAAACAUAUGCAUUCACUCUAUCUACAGUCUCUGUACUUAGUUCCACAGGGAUAUACCAUAGCUAGUAUUUUCUUCACCGUUCCAAAUCAGUGGUGAUUCAACAAGAUCUUCAUACUUCAAAUAACAAAAGAAUGAUCGCUCCCCUCCUUGUGCCAGUUGGCAUGAAGUUACAUGAACUCAAAAAACGUCCUCAUGCCUAUUAAUUGUAUCGUGCGACUGGCUUUCCAAGUUUCACUCGAUCUAUAUCCUUAAGAUCGUAGAUGAAGGUUGCACAGAGAUAUGCCAUGGAGCAUGAUGAAGGUUCGAAACCGGAUCUCUAAUCAAAUGAACAACCCUAGCAUCGGGAAAUACCUGUAGAGUCUCAGCUAUAAAGGACAUAUGAUAGGAAUUCUUCAGUACGUAUGGUUUCGAAAAAAUAUCCAAAAAUCUUCCUCGAUGGACAUAGGAGUGAUUGGGAGUAUAUUUACCCGCAAAUGGUUGGAAAGCCUUUGCUCUGUCUUCUACAAAGCUAGCUGGAGGAGGUACUGGAUUUUCAUACUGCCACACAGGGGGUGAAAACAGCUGAGAAUCCAAGGAUAGUAAGCGGUGCAAAAAUGUUGACCCACUUCUGUCGUUCCCAGUGAUGAAUAAUGGGGAUUUUACUGAAA